GUUCAAGGUAAGCUCGAUUCUUUUCAUUUCGCUCCUUCCGCUCCUUUUCUCUCGAUCUCAGUUUCUCGAAAAAGAGCUGAAACCCUAGUCUCCGCCCCUUUUCUCUCGAUCUCUCCUUUCAUUUCUCUGGCGAUUUCUGAUCUUUAAUGGAGAGAUUCAUACCCGGAAAGCUCGUAGAUGCGAAAAUACGUGUCUUCUGAACUCAGAAUCUUCAAUCGGCUGAAAUGGAAGCAGAUUCAGCUGCGGAAGCUCUUAGUUGUGAAGAUCUGUGAUUUCCGCAGCCUAGAUCUUCGAUCGAUGAUAUAUAUAGAAGCUGUGUUUACCUUAUUGGAAGGGAUAUCAAUCGAUCUGUGCUUCUUUUUUUGCCUGAUCGAGACAUUUCGAUUUUAGAAGAUCUGCGAUUUCUGAGGUUCUGAUCGUCGAUAUUUUAAGUGGGAGAGAUCUCCUGCCUUUUGCUCUGUUCUUUCAGAUCUAGGGAUUUUACUCGAAAGAAAGCUUUUACACACAUCAGCGGCUCAGAUAUCCUCUUUCGAGGUCUAGAUCUUUGAUCUGAUGCGAUUGGAGUGAUUGCAACUUCUGCCUUGAGCAAUUUACAUUCUCGUCCUGCAUUUGGAGGUAAUUUGAAGGAAUUGUUUGCUUCUGAGUCCUUGCUAUCUGCAAUAAUCUAGAAAUAUUUAAAUUUUUGUGUUAUUUUAUUCUGCAUGUUUACAAUAAAUGGUUGAGUUGUACUAGUUUUUUGUGAAUGGGUUUUCUUUUGUUAUUUCCUCCUAUAAUUGUGCCUUUUCAUUUCACAAAAUGCUGCAUCUAGCAUUAAAUCAUGGUAAGUGAAUGCAGCUCAUCCGAGUUCUUCAUCAUCUCAUGAUUAGAGAAAAUUGAUAUUAGUUGUCAUGUAAUCCAUAAACCUUUAAAAUGUAAUGAUGGCUUUAACUUAUUUGCUACUUAACAUGAGAGUAUACACCGAUUUCCGUGCAGGCCAGGUAGGUCACAAUCUGCUUCCCACGCUAGAUAAACAAGGGGCAUAUACACCGAUUUCCGUGCAGGCCAGGGUGAGCUUGGAAUAUGUUAAGGGCAUGAAGGAAUUCAUUGAGUUUGCAUUCAACAAUGCUGCUAGCGAGGGGAAGAUCUUAUGUCCAUGUGUAAAGUGCGCCAACCUCUUUUGGCGUGCUCAUAAAGAAGUGGUAGAUCAUCUUGUGUGUGAGGGAAUUAUGCCGAAUUACACCCGUUGGGUGUUCCAUGGGGAGGCGUCUUCUUCAUCGACUUCCGGCCCUGCAACUAGUACACAUGAUGAUAUGCCUCCACGUGAUGACAUGCAUGGAUUGUUGCAUGAUGUGUUUGGAAUAUCAGGUGUGGAUGACAUGCCAACUGAGUUGCCAUCAUAGGAGCCAAUACAAGAGGAACCGAAUCCUGAAGCUGAAAGAUUCUUUAGGUUGUUGCAAGAUGCCGAACAAGCCUUGUACCCGGGAUGUAAGAAGUUCACGAAACUCUCUUUUGUUGUUCGAAUGUAUCAACUUAAGUGCUUAAAUGGAUGGAGCAACAAGUCAUUCACCAUGUUGCUUGAAUUGUUGAAAGAA